AUGACAUUAGUAAAUUUAUCAAGAACUAGGCUUCCUUCAUUAAUUAGACAAGGUUUAUCGCCUUUGAGAAUUUCUAGCGUAAAUACGUUUAGAAACUUUAGUCAAACUAUACCAAAAUGUCAUGCUUCCCCCCUACCUUCUUUAAACACACUUACUGAAGAAGAAGAACUACUUCGUGAUUCAGACAAAAUAUUACCAAAAGUAAAAGAGAUGGAUGAGAAGGAAAAGAUUGAUCCAUCGGUCCUUAGUGGUCUUUUUGAACAGGGUCUUAUGGGAAUCGAAACAGAAUCUAAAUAUGGUGGUGCUGAAUCUUCUUUUUUGGCUGCUAUUUUGGUUGUUGAAGAAUUGGCCAAAGUUGAUGCUUCUAUCAGUGUAGCUUGUGAUGUUCAGAAUACACUUGUCAACACAUUAUUUAAUAAAUAUGCUAACGAAGAUUUAAAAGCAAAAUACUUGCCACAACUUGCAACUGAAAAGGUUGGAUGUUUCUGUCUUUCAGAAGCUAGUGCUGGUAGUGAUCCAUUUGCUAUGAAAUCACGUGCUGAGAAAAAGGAUGGAUACUAUGUUAUUAAUGGGUCAAAAAUGUGGAUUACAAAUUCAAAUGAAGCUGAAAUAUUUUUAGUUUUUGCAAAUUUGGAUCCAUCAAAGGGUUAUAAAGGUAUUACUUGUUUUGUUGUAGAUAAAGAAAUGGGCGUUGAAAUUGCAAAGAAAGAAUCCAAACUUGGUAUUAGAGCUUCUUCAACUUGUACAGUAAACUUUGAUGCAAUCAAGGUUCCUGAAGGAAAUGUAUUAGGAGAAGUAGGAAAAGGUUACAAGUAUGCUAUUGAGAUAUUGAAUGAGGGACGUAUUGGAAUAGCAGCUCAAAUGAUAGGGAUUGCACAAGGAGUGUAUGAUCACGCAUUACCUUAUUUAUUCCAAAGGGAACAAUUCGGUCAACUUAUUGGCAACUUUCAGGGAAUGCAAAUGCAAUAUGCACAAAUUGCAACUGAAAUCGAGGCUGCCAGAUUGCUAACAUAUAAUGCGGCUAGAAUGAAACAAGAAGGAAAAGCCUUUAUUAAAGAAGCUGCAAUGGCUAAAUUGUAUUCUUCUCAAAUAGCAGAAAAGGCUGCGUCUAAAUCUAUCGAGUGGAUGGGUGGUGUUGGAUUUACUACAGAAUUUCCAGUUGAGAAGUAUUACAGAGAUGCAAAAAUAGGUAGGAUUCCUGGUGUGAAAUUGCCUAAAUUAAUUAUUGAUUUAUUAUUUAAUGAUUUAUCUCUAUUAGAUCAAAAGGAAACGAACGAUAAAACAUCAUUUUCAAAUGUUUAUGCAGUUAAGCCUGAUAUAACAAAAAUAAUAGAGGAUGAAACAUUACAAAGUGAAUGUUUGUUGUAUGUUAGAAAACCAAAUUUAAUGCCACCUUCAUUUGCCAAACUUUUUUCACUGUAUUGUUCACUUAAACAUGGAGAUACAGUGAAAGAAUGGAUAAAAGAAAAUAAAGUGUAUAACCUGAACAUUGAUAUCAGGUAG